GUUUGGCACCGUGCACCGUGUUCAGUACACCAUCACCACGUAAUUUUUAUACAACUUUUUUUUUAUACAAAUAAAAACAUUAAGUUUCCCUACACCGAAAAAAAAAACUUACAUGCAAAUAAUAUACGUUGACAGAAAUUUUCUUCGGCUUUUCAAGUGAAAUCAUACUUUGUGUAAAUCAAUAACAAUUGUGGAAUAUUUUCUAUAUGGUUUCAACAAAAUUGUGUAUUCAUUAAAUCUCUAGAAAUUUUAUAUUAAAUAUGGGGGACAACAGAACGUUAAUCGUAAAAAGUAUUGUAAAAUUUUUACGAAAAGAAUUAGCCGUUGGUGGUCAUGAUGACGAUUGUUUGGAAAGUUUGGAUGUGGCGGUACAAUGUAUUGAAUCAGCAUUUGGGUUAAAUGAAAGAAAUGCUGAAACAGAGGCUGGCGGCACAACCGAAGCCGAUAGUGAAAUCACUCCAAAUUUAGAUGAUAUUUUCCGAAAUUUACGUCAUCAUACAAGUGCAGGCCAUUCAAUACCGGAAAAUCACAAAUUAGCUGAUGAGCAUAAAAAUCGUGGUAAUGCUUUAAUGCAACUUGAAAAAUAUCAAGAAGCUUUAGAUGAAUAUACCAAAGCAAUUGAACUGUAUAAUAAAAAUGCGGUUUACUAUUGUAAUCGGGCGGCUGCGCACAGUAAAUUGGAUAAUCAUCAGGCCGCUAUAGAUGACGCAAAUCAUGCAAUUCAGUUAGAUCCAAAUUAUGGCAAAGCUUAUGGACGUUUAGGAAUUGCGUAUUCAAAUUUGAAACGUUAUGAAGAAGCCAAAAAUGCAUAUAAAAAAGCAUUAGAAUUAGAACCAGAUAAUCGAAGUUACCGAUAUAAUUUGGUAAUUGCCGAAGAAGGUUUACGUCAAUCUCAGUGUCCGAAUAGUACACCAAACACAGCCACACAAUCACCGUUACUUGGAUCGGUGCCACUUGGAGGAACAGGUGCUGGUGAUUUUGCUGACGUCACAUCUGCAUUGUCUGGUUUAGAAAACAUCAAUCAAAUAUUUGCAAAUCCAAAUGUUGUAAAUUUAGCAAGACAAAUUUUAGGGAAUGCUGAUAUGCGUGAUAUGAUGCAAGGUGUACUUCAAACGAAUAUUUUCGAUGGCGCUAAUGGACUAGGUGCUGUUAUGAAUGUGGGGCAACAAUUGAUGCAAGAAUUACAAACAACAAAUCCAGAUUUGAUUGAUCAAGUACGUCGAACGAUUCAUGGUGACGGAGAUCCGUCAGCUGGUGGUACACCUACAAGCGGCACAACAACAGAAAGCGCACCAUCUGAUGAUGGACCACCGUCAGCAGCUAAACCUGAAGAUCCAAAUAAAUCUUAGUUUUAUCCUAAAAUAUAGACUUAAAAAUCAUCAAAUCAUAUAAAAAUGCAAAUUUUUACAAAAAAAAAUGCAAGUUGUUUUUUGUUGUUUUUUUUUAUGUACCUUGUCUCCUGAAUUAAACCCUCCUACCCCUGCAUCCUCCUGUACACUCCCAUAAAUGAUGUAUUUAGAUUUAUGAAAAGUGAUGUUAAUUGUUAACCUGUAAGAAUCAAUGUGGAUUCACUUUUUGACCUUCCAAUGUCAUUGUGGUUAUGGAUUUUUUUGAUCCCUACUUUUUGUUACUUAUCCAAAAAAACGAAUCUUUAAUUAUUUCGACCUCUGUUGACAUUUUGAACAUGUAAGCAAAAUAGAUUAUUGAAAAAAAAAUAUAUGAAAAUUUUUCUUUAAAAA